UUUUGUCCCUUUUGUUUGGGAGCUGUAUUUUUACUGCAAUCCCGCCGUCGUCGUGGGUUUCUUCGUCCGACAAGUUGCUCAGGCUGAGAGACUGGAAAUCAAAUGGCAGCCACGUGCUUUGUCAAUCUUAUCCUCAACAACGCCUGUCCUCCAAAACCCCCAAUCUUCGGUUCCUUCAGAUCCAGUGCCGCGAGCCUCGAAAUCGGUUCCUUCUCUAAUCCAUCUCAGUUUUCUCUCUUCACCAAAGCCAAGGUCUAUGGAACAUCCAGAUCCCGCCGGAGGCAUAAGCUCGGCAUCCGAUCCGUGUUUACCGGAAUCGUCGAGGAGAUGGGCGAAGUCAAGCAGCUGGGAGUCGCCGAUCACGGCGGAAUCGACUUGAAAAUCCGGGCGAAAACGGUGCUGGAGGACGUGAAGCUGGGGGACAGCAUCUCCGUCAACGGGACCUGCCUGACGGUGACGGAAUUCGAUGAGGAGGAGUUCACGGUGGGGUUAUCACCGGAGACGCUGCGGAAAACGUCGCUGGAGGAGCUGGACGCAGGAUCGCCGGUGAAUCUGGAGCGGGCGCUACAGCCGGUGAGCCGGAUGGGGGGGCAUGUGGUGCAGGGUCACGUUGACGGGACGGGAGAGAUCGUGUCGAUGGAGGUGGAGGGGGACUCGUUGUGGGUGAAGGUGAAAGCGGAGAAAGGGAUACUCAAGUACAUAGUACCGAAGGGGUUUGUGGCGGUGGACGGGACGAGCUUGACGGUGGUGGAUGUGUUUGAUGAGGAGGGCUGCUUCAAUUUCAUGCUGGUGGCGUAUACGCAGCAGAAGGUAGUGAUUCCGAGGAAGAGAGUUGGGCAGAAGGUGAAUUUGGAGGUUGAUAUCAUGGGGAAAUAUGUUGAGAGGCUUCUCACCGUCGGUGGUUCUGUUGGAUUCUAGAGAUAAUAGCCUGUUAGAACCCGGUGAUGGAUUCCAACGGAAAACCUGCUGCUACUGAGGAGAACCGCAAAUCCGACCAAGUUCGAGGAUCGUCAGCCUGCUACUCAAUGAUCAACCAAAGACGUGAUGUCCAGUUCAUUCAUGAGUCUCCCCUUAUAAGAGGGGGGUUUGGGUUUUGGCUGCUACAACUGUUAAGUAUUGUAUUUUGACCACAUGCUUGCAGACACUUAAACAAAGUAACCACAUUUGUAAACAACACAACUAAACCUGAAAAUAAAAGAUUUG